UAUUCAUCGAUACUUCCAAACAUGAAGCUCACGGUGAAGACGCUUCAACAGAAGGUGUUCCAGAUCGAUGCUGAGGGCUCGGAGACUGUCGGCGACUUGAAGAGGAAGAUUAACGAGCUACAAGGCCAUCCCAUUGAGCAUCAGAAGAUCAUCUACUCAGGAAAGGUACUCGGGGACGAGAAGACCGUAGAAUCAUGUCAGAUAAAGGAGAAAGAUUUCUUGGUGUUGAUGGUGUCCAAGCCCAAGCCCACACCUGCCGCUUCGACGAGCAUCGCGAGCACUUCGACACCCGCACCCGCCGCUGUUGCGCUACCUGCUGCUGAGUCUGCUCCAGCUGCUGCACCUGCACCUGCGCCUGCGCCUGCGCCCGCCGCGCCUGCUGCAGAGCCAGCCCCCGCGGCUCCCGCCGCACCCGCCGCAGCCCCGCCCGCAUUUGGCGACAUGAGCUCUUUUUUGACCGGAGAAGCUUUGCAAUCCACUAUCCAGAACAUGGUCGAGAUGGGAUUCCCAAGAGACCAGGUUCUGCGCGCGCUGAGGGCCAGCUACAACAACCCAGAUCGGGCAGUCGAUUACUUGAUGAACGGUAUCCCAGCUCAUUUGGAGGCUGAGGCUGCCGGCCCACAGCCACAGGUGCCCGUUGGUGGAUCAACAGCCCAAGUUGGAAACCCUGCCCUUGCAGCUCCCCUUCCCGCUGCACCACAACCUGCUGCCGCAUCUGCCGGCCCCCAGAAUCUUUUCCAGCUGGCUCAGCAGCAGCAGCAGCAACAGCAGCAUGUACCUGCUAUGGGUGGUGGGCUAGGCGGUGCUGGUAUCGGUGCCGGUGGCGGGGGAGGCCUCGACCUGUCUGCACUACGGGACAACCCUCAGAUCGCACAAUUACGGGAGAUGGUGGCCCAGAACCCAGCUAUGAUUCAGCCUCUAAUCCAGCAGCUCGCCACCGCAAACCCACAAAUGGCACAGUUGAUCGCGCAGAACCCUGAGGCGCUGUUCCAGCUACUAGGAGGUGGUGAAGACUUUGACGAGGAGGGACCACUGCCGCCGGGUACACAGGUUGUGAAUAUCACGGUGGAAGAGCGUGCGGCAAUUGAGAGGCUGGAGGCCUUGGGAUUCUCGCGAGACGCCGUGAUCGAGGCGUACUUUGCGUGCGACAAAAAUGAGGAGCUGGCUGCGAAUUACCUGUUUGAGGGCGGAUUCGAGGAUCACUGAAGGGAUGGCGAAGUACUGUAUCAUACGAUCUCUGCGCACUGUGUUUUUUUUUGUGAUAUGUUUGUGGUCAGCGCAGCAAUGGACUGUGUGCACUGGAGG